CCUUAAUGGUAAGGAAGGAACAGAGCAGAUUCCUUUAGCACAGCAGUCUCAGAGGCUAAAGAAAGAAGUAAAGACCAGCAAUAUGAAAAUUACAUACAGUGUGAUCCUUUGGCCCUUCUCCAUGAUAUUAUUAUCCGACGAAAGCCAGGCUUCUCAAACAGAAGUCAGAUUCAAUUUCACUGGACAAAACCAUUCUUCGAUUCCAGCGGAUAUCGAUAAAGAUGUUAUUAUACUUGAUCUCAGUUAUAACCAAGUGACUUUAGAUGCUAGAGACAGAAAGGUUCUACAGAUGUAUGUUUUACUCAUUGAGCUCUAUUUAAUUGAAAACAAUGUCAUUGCUUUACACAACAACAGUUUUGGUAACCUCUCCAAUCUAGAAAUUUUAAAUAUCUGUAGAAACGCCAUCUCAGUAAUCCAGCGGGGAGCCUUUGUAGGCUUGAAAAAACUGAAGCAGUUACAUCUCUGCCAAAACCAAAUCACUCAACUGGAUCCUGGUACGUUUGUGCCUCUCAAAAAGCUGGCACUUCUGAACCUGCAAGGCAAUUUGAUAAGCUCUUUGGAAGUUCCACAAGUAUUUCAUCUGGAAUUAAUAAUCUUAUACGGAAAUCCAUGGGACUGCUCUUGCAGACUCUUCACUUUGCAGAGCUGGUUGAAUACAUCAAAUGUGACACUAGAACAUGAAAACAUCACCAUGUGUAGCAGUCCUGAUCUCUCAAGGAGUUACAGUAUUAAAACAGUUCCUUAUCAAGCUGAAUGUCGCUUAAAAUUUUCUUCAGUUGUAACUGAAAAUCUUUAUGAGAAUUUUAUGUCUGUUAGCAAUUCAACAUUUAAUUCUCCUUUGAACUCCACAACCAAUCCAGAACAUGAACGCAUUGGAAAAAGUUGGGCUUUUCUUGUAGGUGUUAUUGUCACCGUAUUGGCGACGUCACUCCUUAUUUUUAUUGCUAUCAAAUGCCCAAUAUGGUACAGUAUGCUGCUCAGUUAUCAUCACCAUCGCCUGGAAGAACAUGAAGCAGAAAACUAUGAAGAUGGUUUUACUGGCAAUAUGAGCUACCUUCCACAGACACCAGAAGAAGAAACUACAGUGAUAUUUGAACAACUACAUUCAUUUGUAGUAGACGAUGAUGGAUUCAUUGAAGACAAAUAUAUAGAUACCCAUGAAUUACAGAAGGAAAAUUAAUUUUC